AUGUGUGAGCGCAGUCUCUACAGAGCGGGCUAUGUGGGCUCGCUUCUGAAUCUGCAGUCGCCUGAUUCCUUCUACUUCUCCAACCUGCGGCCGAAUGGCGGCCAGUUGGCCGCACUCCCCCCCAUCUCAUACCCGCGAGGCGCGCUGCCCUGGGCCACCACGCCCGCCUCCUGCGCCCCAGCGCAGCCUGCCGGUGCCACCGCUUUCGGCAGCUUCUCCCAGCCCUACCUGGCUGGUUCCGGGCCGCUCGGCCUGCAGCCCCUGGGCGCCAAGGACGGACCCGAAGAGCCCGCCAAGUUCUAUGCGCCCGAUGUGGCUGCCGGGCCGGAGGACCGUGGCCGUGCGCGGCCGCCCUUCGUCCCCGAGUCUAGCCUGGCCCCAGCGGCCGCUGCUCUCAAAGCGGCCAAGUACGACUACGCGGGCGUGGGCCGUGCGGCAGCGGGCUCUUCAACCCUACUCGAGGGGACCCCCUGCGCUGCCGGCUUCAAGGACGACGCCAAGGGCCCGCUCAACUUGAACAUGACAGUGCAGGCGGCGAGCGUCGCCUCUUGCCUGCGACCUUCGCUGCCCGACGGCCUGCCGUGGGGGGCGGCCCCAGGGAGGACCCGCAAGAAGCGGAAACCCUACACCAAGCAGCAGAUUGCGGAGCUGGAGAACGAAUUCCUCCUCAACGAAUUCAUCAACCGCCAGAAGCGCAAGGAAUUGUCCAACAGGCUGAACCUCAGCGACCAGCAGGUCAAAAUCUGGUUCCAGAACCGGCGAAUGAAAAAGAAGCGUGUGGUCCUGCGCGAGCAGGCACUGGCGCUAUACUAGCUCCCCGCGUGGUCGCGGCUGGCCAGGCCUGCCUUUUUAAAGCCGAGACCUGGCGUGUAAGAAAAGCUGUGGAUGGGAGCUUUUCCUUCCGCUCCUUCUCCGCUGGUCCCCAGCACCCUUCCGCUCAGUCUGUCGCCCCGGAAGCCAGCAGAGGAUUUGGAGACCGGGCCAGUCGGGCCUCUCUCUAUGCUUCCAGCUCUCUGGGAGGGUUCUGCAGAAGCCGAAGUAUUACCUUGGCCUUGAGGCUUCCUGAGUGGGGGUCUGGGGUCACCUGUCCUAGCUCUUGUCUGGGUUAUUUACACGCGCGCUCACUCUAGCACCCUUGUACUUGGAUUUCUGCUCCCACCUAGACUCCCUUUCCUCUUCUCCCCAGUCCUUUUUGAAUUUAGUAGGCACCCUGCUAGAGCUCUGAGUGGAAUUAAAUCUGGGAAGUCCUUCGGGAAGGAGUAGAAAAGGGCUGCAGGCACAAUUCUGUCUCUUUGCAGCCAAAGCCCCUUGUGGCAUAGCCAGAAACUUGGAUCUGGAGAAAGAAAGGGCACCGCCCCCCUCCUGUCUGCCCUGGCUGGUUCUGGAGGACAAAAGCCACCCUAGACAUUCAGACUUCGGGAGGAAAGCGGAGGGGAGGAACGGUGUGGCUGGACAAAUUUGAAGACCCCUCGGAGUUUGGGCUAGCUGGCCCCUCCAGCUGGACAGAAUGGGGUGGAUACUUCCUUCCCGUGGAUUCCAGGGAGGCUGAAGCUCCAGGGCAAACUGCGGUCUCUAGACAGGACUGGUAAAAUUUCUCCUACUUCUCCUAUCUCCUCCCAUAUGUCUAGGCCAGAGCCCUGCACUCGAUAAUUGGACUCAGCUCUGGUGAGGACAGCUGCUAAUCUGCUCUGAGGCUGGGUUGCACUAGGAGGUGGGAAAAAUAUCCAGGGGGAGGAGAAGGGAGUGAGCAAGGAGAGGGGUGUCCUACAUUCCAACUGUAAAUAUGGCUUCCCUCUUCAGAUGGGUAAAGUUGUGGACACGUCUUUCUUGAAUUAAGGUAAUGGGCCACCAUAGGGAGAGAUGAAAGUUCCUCCAUCAGCCAGGGGGUGAAGAAGGAGGUCCCUCAAAUCCUUAGCCCCUGGUCGCUGCUGUUGACCAAGUAGAGAGAAGUUCUCCUUCUCUCACCCUCUUCACCACCCCCCCCACCGCACAGCUCCACAGGGGGCCUUUCUGUGCCUCAGCCACUGUGCCUUUUCUGAGCCCACGUCUGGCCUGCCUCAGGGGCGCCUGUAAGGCCCUGG